UGUUUCUGGGGGGGUGUUAUACAACGGGAUGAGUGGGAGUGUAUGUGGGAAAGGGGUGUGCGAGGGUGGUCGUGGGCAGCUGGGGUGUCUGGGUGUGUGUUGGGGGGGGUGUAGUUGCAGGAGCGUGUGUUGGAUGUGUGGGUGUAUGGGCUCACGUGUGGGGGUGUAUCCAGUACGUGUGCGGCUGUGUGAGUGGUGUGUGUAUGGGUGUCCACGUGAGGGUGUACGUGUGGUGGUUGUGUGUGUCAGGGUAGGGGAACCGGCACGGGGAUGUGUGUCAGGAGUGAGGGUGGUGCGUGUUCACGAUGGGGUGUGCGCGUGAGUGGGGUAUGCGUGGGGAGCGUGUGUGUAGGGGUUGUACAGAUUCAUGUAGAUUUGGGGCUCUGCGUGUGUAUCAGAGUGUGUACCAGGACACACAGGUGUGUGCCCCAGCCGGUGUCCUGGUGUACCUCAUGCCAAUGCCAUCUCGGUGUACCGGCAGUGCCAGCAUCUGUGUUGCACUGAGCGUCGCUGCGUGGUGGCAAAGCAGCGUUUUGCCCGGCCAGCGCCAGUGCCAUGCCAUGGCAACGUUGCACACAGCUGCCCUCCCGCUUAUAUUGGUGCAUGAACACACAGCGUGCGCCUGUUGCAGGGGAAAGCUACCCCAAAUACCGGCACCGUGCAAAAACACCAUAGUCAAACUGUGCUGUGGUAUGUCAGAGCGGUGUCUGGGUGUGGAGACACCAUCAGAUGGCACUGGGAGACCAUGUCCCGCUACAGGGGCACAGGAUGAGAGCGAUGCAGUGCCUUUGAAGUUUAUUUCUGAGGUGUGGGGAGCGGUGACCGGUGUGGUUCUUUUCCCGGAAUCCCCACAAGUGCCAAGGGAAAGGAGACAGGGGAAGGAGGAAUGAGGGGUAAAGCAGAAAUCCCGUGAGUCAUUGUCCACACAGCUGGACUCACGCACACGCCGGUGUCUGCGUUUUGCUAUCUUGAGGUGGAAAAUAAUGCAUGUAUUCCUGGCACCUCAUUUACUUCUCCGUUUUAGGAGGUGAUGCUCCUCAUGUGUCCCUGACAGCGUUCCUUUGCCUACAGGCUAACACUUCAUUUGUGGCUACACUUGGAAAAAGCUGUUUAAAUCAAAGUAAUAUUAGAGCCAGUGAAAAUUUUAACCCAUUUAUUUCUUUCUCACUCUCCCCAGGAACGCUGCAGUCAAGAUGGCUAUGACAGGACAGUAUAAAAUGGGUGAUGGAAGCAACUAUGCAACUAACUGCUUCCCUGCCAGGAACAUUUUGUGUGCAAGUAAAGAAGGGUCUGGGCGCUGGGUGCUGACACGCAGAGCUACCCCGAGGGCUUGGACUGAGAAGGGGACCACCGGGAAGACACCACAGCAGAGGAGAAAGCCCCCAGAGUCUGCCUCCAUGGAAGAAAAUAACAAAGACAGUGUCCUAGAUGAGCCAUUUCUGAUGAAGCACCACUGUUUGAAGAACCCCUCUGACCUGUGCUCUGUGAACAUAAGCAGCCAAAAUCUGGUCUCUGCUAAAGAGGAUGAUUUUGAGAAAUUUGAUUGCGUUGCUUUCAUAAAUGCUGCUGAGAACCUGCUGACACUAGAGCCAUUUCGGAAGUUUCCAGGACUGCGGGAACUGGAACUUUCCUUGAACAGACUAAGAAAUCUGAAAAUCACCACUGGAGACUUCCUGCAUUUGGAAGAUCUGGAUCUCUCCUACAAUAACUUGUCCCCCCAGGACAUUUGGACAUUGGGAGAUUUGUCCCAGCUCAAAGUCCUUCGCUUGACAGCCAACGGGCUUCGGUCCCUGCCUCUGGACCUGGCAGGCUCAUGGGACUCUGCUCAUUUAAGGUUUCCAUCUCUGGAGGUCUUGUCGCUGGAUGACAAUCGUCUGUCAGACCCAAGCGUCUUUGUGAGCCUGUCUCAUCUCUGCAGCCUGAGGGAGCUGAAUCUGGACAGGAACAGGAUUUUGGCUGUCCCCUACCUGCACCAAGCAGAGAACCGGCAGUUCUUCCUCCACCCAGCGCUGGACGGCGACAGCUUCAGAGCAGAGUGGUACAAGUCUCUGAGCAGCCUCUGGCAGCAGCCCCGGCUGCCGCAGCAGGAGGACAUGGAGGUGCCAGCAGAGCUGGAAGCGAAGAAAGUAGAGCUUGAAUAUGUCGUGUUACAGAACAACAGGGAUCCAGACAGGACGGAGGUUGUUUUCAGUUCUGACCCUCAGGAACGCCCAGUGCUGGUUGUUCCCAGGGAGGGAGAACCAUCUGUCUCUAAGAGUCUGCCAGCUCCCUCCAUGCACAGGGAUGUUCGUGCUCCCUUUCCUGAACUGAAGCAUCUCAGCCUGGCCUUCAACAAGAUCGCAGAUGAGACAGCUCUUUUACCUGUAGCUUUCUUCCCGUGCCUGAAGGAGCUGACAUUUCACAACAACCCUCUUACCACCACCCGGAGCGGGCAGCUGCCUCUGCUGACUCGGCUCCUCCAGCACAAUCUGGGAAUUAAACUUGUCCGACAGAAGAGCCUAGCCCCGGAGAAGUGGCACUUCUCCAUCCCUCUCAAAGCCAGCCGCAAGGUCACGUCGCAUCUCCCCAAAGUCACGAAGCAGCCGCUGAUGCUGGAAGCUCCUGCCAAGACCUUUCUGUGGAAACAGCUUCCAGCUGCGGUAGAAGCUGUGAGAGAUGCAGCACCUCUGAGUCCGGCCCAGCCGCUGCCCCCCACCAGCUCCGUGACCCCAGCUGGCAGCCAGUGGACGGCGCUGGGGGAAGGGGAAUGUGACUCCGGGCCUCCUCCUGGCUCAGCCGAGGACGACUUUGCAUCCUUCUUCAUGACGCAGGUGGAGGAUGUGUCCAGACCCCUGCUGAGACCUGUGGCAGAGGGCAGGCUGGAGAAGAGGAGUGAGCAGAGGGGAGAAGGAAGCUCCCAGGUGGUUCCAGAGCGAUACAAAGGCUAUGAGGAGCUGCUCGGUGGAGAUACAGACCCAGAUUUUAUCGAACCAGUUGGGAUACAGAAAAACGUGCAGGCGCUGUACUACAUCCUGAAACAUCCCCUUGUUUACCGGGACAUCAAGCCACAACUGGACAGCAUGCAGAAGCCCUAUGUGCCUCAGAAAAAGCAUGGGAGGAUGCCUGGCCCUCCCACCCGCAAGACAAGAGCGGAGGUCCUGGAAGGAAUCCUGAUGGCCAUGAGAAACACCUCGACCAUCACUGAAGUCCCCUUGGCGUCUGUUUUGCAAAAGAGGAAAUCCAGACCCAGGGCAUACCGGGAGGCACGGAAGCUGAUGGAGGAAUUCCAGGAGGUGUUUGAGAUCCCCCCUGCAGCCAUCGGUGAGGAGAUGGCCAAGCCGUCGGACGAGGUGCAGGUGGUAAAAGCCCUUCUCGCAGAGGCAACAUCCAAGCAGGGGAGCCCCAAACAGCUACAGCUGCCAAGGAAGAGAGUGGCCAAGAAGGUGCCCAAAGUUUAGUCCGCAGUACAGCCAGGGGUUGAAUAAAGCAUCCCACAUCUUGGUCCUCUUGGAUAACAUGUAUGUUAUUUUGUAACUUGUUUGGAGCUAUUUUUCCCCUCCUGAGGCU